CGAUGACCGAAAUGUUGCACAUGGCAAAGGACACAACAAUGCAAUUUCCAACAGAUGUAUGAGUAUGGCGAGCUCAUCAGCAGGUCAUUACCUGUCCGCAGAAGAAGGGAGUUCGUCUUCCUCAUCGAGUCGAAGUCCACCGAAGCCCGCAGCGAUCGAAGACGACAGCGAUAACGAUGAUCCCGUCGCGAACCAUUCACGAGAUCAGACAUUGCUCUCCGAAGAUCCUCUCGAGUCCGACAGUCCGGACAUAUUAUCUUUCAAGCGAAAGCAGAAGCAGUCUGCAGGCUCAAGAUUCUUGUCUGUCUUCUCUGGGAACAAUUCACGACAGACUACUCCUUCUCCCAGAGCCGGAACUCCGACAUUGAAUUCCAGUCGAUCGCAUGGUCUUAAUAAUCUAGGCGGGAGUAGAGAUGGAUCGAAUGGUUCUGGCACAAAGGAUAGUCCCUUGGACUGGUAUGUUGAGGGACCAGGUCGCAGAGUUGGAUACCAAGACUUGACAGCAAUCGAUUGGAUUUUUGAAUACACGAAGGAGAGGCAGCGAUUACGCAUACUCUACUCUACUGGAACCGGCAUCCUUGGAUAUGCACAACAAUUCUUAGACGCAAGUCAAGUCUGGAUAGUACUUGUCCUCACUGGGCUGGCUGCUGGGCUUGCUGCUGCUGCAAUUGAUGUCGCAAGUGACUGGUUGGGGGAUUUAAAGACAGGAUAUUGCACAGCUGGAGAGGAUGGUGGUCACUUUUAUCUGAACAAAUACUUUUGUUGUUAUGGCUUUGAUGGGUUCUCGCAAUGCCGAGACUGGAUACCGUGGAGCCAGGCGCUCCAUAUCACAUCCUCUGGAGGCGUAUGGUUUAUAGAAUACUUCUUCUUUAUCUUGUUCUCGGUUUUAUUUGCAAUUACUGCGAGCGUUCUUGUGAAAGAAUAUGCAUUGUAUGCGAAACAUAGCGGGAUACCCGAAAUCAAGACUGUUCUCGGAGGCUUCGUGAUACGAAGAUUUAUGGGGACAUGGACAUUGGUUAUAAAGUCACUUGGGCUUUGUCUCGCAGUGGCUUCCGGCAUGUGGCUUGGCAAAGAAGGUCCACUGGUGCAUGUUGCAUGCUGCUGUGCUAAUCUUCUAAUGAAAUUGUUCAGCAACAUCAAUGACAAUGAAGCUCGAAAACGGGAAGUAUUGUCUGCUGCAGCUGCUUCUGGAAUUUCAGUGGCAUUUGGAUCACCCAUUGGCGGCGUUUUGUUUAGUCUGGAACAACUCUCAUAUUACUUCCCAGACAAGACUAUGUGGCAAAGUUUUGUUUGCGCCAUGACUGCUGCUGUGAUGUUACAAGCUUUCGACCCUUUCCGAAGCGGUAAGCUUGUGCUUUAUCAAGUCACUUAUAGCACGGGCUGGCAUGGAUUCGAAUUGGUUCCAUUUGCUAUAUUGGGAAUAAUCGGUGGCAUAUAUGGUGGGCUGUUCAUUAAACUCAAUAUGAAAGUCGCCCAAUGGAAAAAGGCAGCCACAUGGCUACCCGGCCCUGUCACUCAAGUCUUAAUAGUCGCGCUUCUCACUGCUUUAGUCAAUUAUCCUAACUUCUACAUGCGAGCUCAAUCAUCAGAACUCGUUGAGUACCUGUUCGCGGAGUGCUCAAAAGUCACCGAUGACGUAUUCGGUCUUUGUAAGACAGGAUCAGCUACUGUGGGCACGAUAUUCUUAUUGGUCUUUGCAGCUAUUCUAGGAUUCUUCUUGGCUUCGAUCACAUUUGGGCUGCAAAUUCCUGCUGGAAUUAUAUUACCCUCAAUGGCAAUUGGUGCUCUUUUCGGCAGAGCUGUUGGUAUUGUCAUGGAAAUCUGGGUCCGUAAUCAUCCCAACUUUUUUGCUUUCGAAACCUGCGAAGCAGAUACGGCUUGCGUCACUCCUGGUACGUAUGCUAUCAUUGGUGCUGCUGCAGCACUUGGAGGCGUGACCCGUAUGACAGUAUCGAUCGUUGUCAUUAUGUUCGAACUUACUGGUGCACUCACCUACGUUCUUCCCAUCAUGAUUGCUGUCAUGGUCAGCAAAUGGGUCGGUGAUGCCUUUGGAAAGCGUGGUAUCUACGAGAGCUGGAUUCAUUUUAACGAGUAUCCGUUCUUGGAUAAUAGUGAGGAGACCCUCAUUCCCGACAUCCCAGUCAGCCAAAUCAUGACUCGCAUCGACGACCUGGUUGUAUUGACAGCCACCGGCCAUACCAUCGAGUCGCUCACAAACAUUCUAGCAACUCAACCCUUCCGAGGAUUUCCGGUGAUCUCAGAUCCGCGCGAAGCCAUCCUCUUAGGGUACAUCUCUCGAGCAGAACUCGAGUACAACUUGCGUACCUCAACACAGGCGCCACGCUCCCUUCCACCAGAGACGGAGGCCUUUUUCUCCCAUCAGCCACUGGCAGAUCCAAGAACAACACUGGACCUUAGACCCUGGAUGGAUCAGACUCCGCUCACCUUACCCUCCCGGUCGAAUCUCCUCCUGACAGCAAACUAUUUCCAGAAACUCGGCUUACGAUAUGUACUAUUUAGUGAUAGAGGGGUAUUACAAGGAUUGUUAACGAAGAAAGACGUGUGGUAUGUGCUCAAUGGGGCAGAAGAGACGAGGAGAACGAUGGACGCAGAUGAUACCAUGACAGGUCUCACACGAGAAAGUGGGCAUGGAGAAGAGCAGGGCUUGCUGGGUUCAGACGGUGAUAUGGAAACACCUCUAAGUCCAGAGAGAGACGACACUCCGAUAUUAUGACAUGAUAGAUCGAAUGACUUUUGAAC